CAGCGGGGACCGGCGCGGCGCGGCGGCGAUGAUGAUGGCGGCGCGGUCGGCGGUGCCCCUGCGGGGUGUCCGCGUGUUGGAGCUGUCCGGGCUGGCCCCGGCCCCCUUCUGCGGGCUGGUCCUGGCCGACUUCGGGGCGGAGGUGGUGCGGGUGGUGCGGCCGGCGGCGGCCGGGGCGGCGGCCGGGCUGGAGCGGGGCAAGCGGACCCUGCCCCUCGACAUCAAGGAGCCGCGCGGGGCCGCCGUGCUAAGGGGCCUCUGCCGCCAGGCCGACGUCCUCCUCGACCCCUUCAGGCACGGUGUCAUGGAGAGGCUUGGUCUGGGUCCGGAGGUUGUUCAACAAGAGAAUCCAAAACUCAUAUAUGCCAGACUGAGUGGAUUUGGGCAGUCAGGAAAACUUGCCCGAACUGCAGGACAUGAUAUCAACUUUCUGGCUCUGUCAGGUGUGCUCUCGAAAAUGGGCAGAAGUGAUGAAAAUCCGUAUGCACCCCUGAACCUGGUGGCCGACUUCGGGGGCGGCGGCCUCAUGUGUGCGUUGGGGAUCGUCAUGGCUCUUUAUGAACGUACAAAAUCUGGCAAAGGUCAGGUCAUCGAUGCCAACAUGGUGGAAGGAACGGCCUAUUUAAGUACUUUUUUGUGGACGACUCAGAGCGCUGGGCUAUGGGACCAGCCUCGGGGAAAGAACCUCCUGGACAGCGGAGCCCCUUUCUACGAGACGUACAAGACUUCAGACGGGAAAUUUAUGGCAGUUGGUGCCAUAGAACCUCAGUUCUACCGGCUGUUAAUUAAGGGCCUAGGGCUAGAUCCUGAAAAACUUCCCCAUCAGAUGAGUAUGGCCAACUGGCAAGAGAUGAAAGAAAUUUUUGCGGGCGUUUUCUCAAAGAAGACCCAGGCAGAAUGGUGUAGAAUCUUUGAGGGGACGGAUGCCUGUGUGACUCCUGUUCUCAGCACUGAAGAGGCGAUCCUACAUGAGCAUAACAAAUCACGGGGCUCUUUUAUCACGAAUGAGGACCAGGAGGUCAGCCCCAGGCCCGCCCCUCGGCUUUCCAGGACUCCAGCCAUUCCCUCGGUGCGAAGAACUCCUGUUGGAGAAGAGCAUACCGAAGAGAUUCUGAAAGACUUUGGAUUUAGCAAGGAUGAGAUUAAUAAUCUUCGUUCGGCUAAAAUCAUUGACUGCAAUGUGCCUAAAUCUAAUUUAUAAAUUUCUGCCAGUGGAAUUAGUUAUAUCUUAACAAAACUACAGUGCAGAAGGACAAGGAAGUAUUUGGAGGAAAAAAAAGAACACUUUUGUAUAGAAUCUCUUCUAAUUAUUUUUAUUUAAAAACUAGCUGCACUAAUUGAAGAAUCAGUAUAUUCUUGGGAACUACAGAAGGGUAAUGACUUUUUGCAGAAAAAAGAAGAGUUUCCUAUAGAGCGUUUUUCUCGAUUGCACCAAGUGAUGAAUCCAUAUAUUUAUAGUUAUAUUUUAUUUGUAUAGAUGUGAAGUUUGCAGCCUUUGAUUUUAGAAUUUUGAGUUGAUUCAUGCAGUAGGCAAUUAUAUUUCUUUGCCCUACACAUUAUAAUGUAUUGGAUAAUAAACCUUUAUCAUCUGUUCGGCAAUUAAUUGGAGUGCUAUAACUAAAAAAUAAAGUUUUUUUAAUUUAUAAAGUUA